CUUGUAAUCGGCGUAGUUGAAUUUAGGACGGGCAGUAAAGCCAGCCGGAUCCUGGCCGCGGUUGCUUUACGGCUUCACCGCCAUGGCCGCUCACGUGGGGCCCCCAGCCUCACUCUCGUCAUUCGGUCUCCGCAGCACCGGCCAGAACAUGCCAGCGACUGUCUAAGAUCCGCCCAUCUUUAUUUACUUUGCGGCCUUUCAGGUCUUUGCUUCCUUCAAGCAUGUGCUGCGCUGCCUGCUACAAUGGCGGACGAAGGCAUGUCCAUAGUCCCCUACGGGUCCGGCAAUCUUGAUGUCGUACUUCGCCACAAUGACUCCGUCGUCGUCUUCGAUCGAGACUCUCGGCAGCUCGUUCUACGCAAUGCAUCAGAUAGCGACGAAGGCAACCUGGAGCUUGCCGAUUGCCCUUACUGCCAUCGACCUCUACACGAUGGGAACUCCGAAGACGACCACCAUGCCAGCCCACGAGCGCAACCUGAAUUUAUCAACCCCAACUAUUUUCGCAUGCUCCACAACAGCUUGCCUAGCUCCGUGAGCUCAUCCAGCCCUCCGUCCCCUCAUCGACGUCUUGUUCCGCCAGCCCUUGCAGACGGCCCUACCAGCGAACCCAGCUACGCCGGACCAACCAGUCAGGGAAUUUCUUCGGCAGCGUUUACGCCGGACUACUUCAAAAAGUUCUUCGUGGAAGAGACGGUUCUAGGAAAAGGCGGAAAAGGGGUGGUCCUACUGGUUAAACAUGUAUUGGAUGGGGUUUCGCUUGGACAGUACGCCUGCAAGCGGGUUCCUGUCGGAGAUGACCAUGAGUGGCUUGAGAAGGUACUAGGAGAGGUCCAAUUGCUACAGCAUCUCACACAUCAGAACCUUGUUUCAUAUCGACACGUUUGGCUCGAGAACGCCAAGAUCAGUACGUUUGGGCCAAGUGUGCCAUGUGCAUUUAUCCUCCAGCAAUACUGUAACGCUGGGGAUCUGCACAACUACAUAUGCGGCUCGGUAGACACUCCGACGACCACUGAGCAGCUGAAGGAGCGCCUCCGCAGAAGGUCCAGGGGAGGACCUGAGCCUCCGAGUGGAGGAGAGCUGCGCAAGUUGAAUUUCGAGGAGAUCUAUUCCUUCUUCAAGGAUAUUACCUCGGGACUGCGUUACCUCCAUGCCAAUGGCUACAUUCAUCGCGACUUGAAGCCAAACAAUUGCUUGCUGCACAAAACCAGUGACGGGAUUCGAGUGUUGGUCAGCGACUUUGGCGAGGUCCAAGCCCAGGAUUCGAUCCGGAGGUCGACCGGAGCUACCGGGACUGUCUCUUACUGUGCACCAGAAGUUUUGCGGCGCGAGUACCCCGACGGUCCAUUUGGCAACUUUACGUUCAAGUCCGAUAUCUUCUCCCUGGGAAUGAUCCUCUACUUUCUCUGUUUUGCGCAGUUGCCAUACAGCAAUGCCGACCUUAUCCAUGAGGAGAAAGAAGACCUUGACCGGCUCCGCGAGGAAAUCAGCCAAUGGUCUGGGUUUGAUUAUGCGCGGCGCAUGAGGCCCGAAUUGCCUGAGCAGCUCUAUACAUUUCUGGAACGUCUGCUGUCUGUGGAUCCUGACCGGCGCCCGUCUGCAGAUGAGGUUCUGAGUGGACUGCAAGCCGGCGCCAAUGUGAACGAGAGUUUUCGAGCAAGAAGGACCAGUCCAACAAGCCCUGACAUACGUCCAAGCGCAAGGAUCCAUCCUAUGGAGGGCGCGCCAACGCCAUCUUUUCGGCAGCCUCUGUCUCCGAGCAAGUCCCUCACUCGCAGUCCGGUGGCUGUACGACGCACUCCAGCGUAUGAGACGGCCGGUGCUGAGGCCGAUUUGACACCUGUGUUUGAGAACAUAGAUCCCUUGUCAGGGCACAACACAUCGUUCAGCCCUGAACGAGAUCUGGUUGUGCGACAUCGGUUCUCUAGCGCACACUCCCAUUCGCCGACACAGCCCGAGCAUCACGAAGUAGCUCAGGAGCAUACUGAGCCUGUCCCCCAAUUGCUCCCCCCGCCUCCGGGUCGUUUCUCUCUGGCGAGAUUCUUCCCAGAUGGGGCGUCGCUGUUCGACUGGCAGGCUACUGUGACGACGAUGCAAUUGGCUGCGUUCCUGCUCAAAGUCGUGUCUAUUUUCCAACCCUGCAGCCCUCUGGCGGUCAACCCGUGGGUUGCGUAUCCUUUGCUUCUGCUGGCGGCGGUCAACUUCCCGGCCACUGGUUUUCUGACGCAGAUUGUUUCUCUUUUCCUUCAUCUUGUUAUUGUCAGCUUUUCGGGCUUGACGGGGUUUAUGAAUGUAUGUAUUAUGAAUGAUGCCACAAUAAAAGCCAUUUCCAAGUUUCUCCGGGGCGCACACCGUAGUCCUGGAAGUCCGUCGGGGAGAAGCCGGCUGACGCCGGACAGUGGAGAUGAGUUCAGUCCAGCGGGCCAACAGGAAGACAACGACAAGGGAACUAAAUUGCUUACAUGGGUUAAACUUGCACCAGCCAGGGAUCGCAUCACUUCAUCCCCCGCUACUCUCUCUGAUUGGCACAGCCCCGGUCUAUCGAGGUGUCUAGUGCUUAGUGCCUAUAGCCUUAUCAGGCCUCUUGUGGCCGGCCUCUUAUAUCCGGGCCUCCCACUCUCGCAGCAGUUCCACUCGCCUUUUCUUGCCAGAGUCAGUAGAUAUUGGCACGGCAUUCUUCUGACCUGGGCCGGCACGACAAUGAGCUCCGUAGCCACCGAGACCAUGCAAAUGCUGCCUGCCGGCAGCCAAUCCGAGAAGCUUCAAUGCGUUCCAGACGGAUCGAAGGAUGCUGCAGCCAUCCAGGAUCAUGAGCCCGAGCUCGAUCCGACCCUCUAUCCGCACGGCAUCCAAUUUGCACUCAUCUCCCUGUCCCUUUGUCUCUGUGUCUUUCUCGUGGGCCUAGAUGCCACCAUCUUAACUACCGCCAUUCCGCGGAUAACCGACGAGUUCGGAUCGGUGGCAGAUGUCGGUUGGUACGAUGCAGCCUUUCGGCUCACCUCCUGCAUGUCACAGCUCUCUCAGGGCAAGUUGUACGACAACUUUCCCGUCAAAUGGGUCUUUCUUGUCAAUCUUGUCCUGUUCGAAGGUGGAAUACUUCUAUCGGGACUGGCCCCGAGCUCCGUGAUCUUCAUCAUCGGACGGGCCAUCACAGGCUUGGGCUUCUCUGGGAUCAGUCAGGGAUGCAUGGUCAUCAUUGCGAUUUCCACCCCGUUGCGAAGACGACCAACCUUUGUCGGUCUGAUCAGCGCCAGCGAAUACACCGCCAUCGCAGUAGCCCCCAUCCUGGGAGGAGUACUCACUUCGAAUCUGUCCUGGAGAUGGUGUUUCUUCAUCAACCUGCCCGCCGCAGCCCUGCCGUCAGCCAUCCUCCUCCUUCUAAAGCUCCCCAACAUCACCCCCAGGGGGUCAAAAACGCACAUCCAGAAGCUCCGUGAGCUCGACCUCCUCGGGUUCUUCCUCUUCGCCCCCGCAGUUCUAUGCCUCCUCCUCGCUCUCCAAUGGGGCGGCGACACCUACAACUGGACCAACGGACGGAUCAUCUCCCUCCUCGUCCUCUCGCCCAUCAUCUUCGCGGGAUUCUGUCUCCUCCAACACCGCAAACAAGACACGGCAAUGCUGCCACCUCGAGUCCUCCGCAAGCGCGUCAUCAUCACCGGCUCCGUCUUCAGUCUAUGUCUCUCGGCCUGCCGCGCCAUCGUCCAAUACUACCUCUCAAUCUGGUUCCAAACCGUCCGCAACGCCAGUCCCCUCCAAAGCGGUCUCAACACCCUCCCACUCGUAAUCUCCGUCCUCCUCAGCGCCAUCACCGGCGGAUGGUUCAUCAGCCACACUCGCACCUACACGCCCAUUCUCCUCCCUGCCUCUCUGCUCGUCAUCGCCGGCAUUGCCCUGAUGACAACCUUCACCCCCACCGCCCCUGCCAAACUGUGGAUCCCCUCCCUGGUUCUCCUCGGCCUCGGCUCCGGCAGUGCCGUCGGCGUCCCCUUCAUCGCCGUCCAAGCCAUCCUCCCCACCAAAGACAUUUCCGUGGGCAUGGCCCUGAUGACCUUUUCCCAGGACAUCGGAGAAGCAGUAUUCAUCAGUGUCGCGCAAGCGAUCUUCCUAAACCGACUAACGGGGAGUCUGGAGGAGAACGUACCCGGGUUGGACCCAGAGAUGGUAACGCGUCUAGGAGCGACAAGCUUGGCCGGCAAGUUACCGGGUAAGUACCUGGAAGGAGUCAUCGGGGCAUAUGAUGUAGCAGUACGCGGGACAUUUUACCUUGCGGUCGCAUUGGCAGGGAGUGUAUUUGUAGCUGCGGUUCUGGUCAAGCGGAAUCCGUUCAAGGUGCGGGAUGAGUUGAUGAGAGGGGAUACAUCGUGAGGCCUCGAUGUAAAUAAGUCCACGAGAUCCAAGCCCUGUCUAGAACCAAAAGACCAAGAUCAAUCCAGUCACGCCGGAGAAAACCAACGCAGGACCGCGGACAGACAGCAUAAUCCCAUAAUCGCACGGGGGAGAGAAACACAACGAAAUGAAUGUAUAUAUCGCCCAUAAGUACGGAAUAGACAACCACCGUUACCAACCACCCCAUCAUCCCAAU